AUGUCCGAAAUUACACACCCAACUAUCAAGGAUGGCUGGUUCAGGGAGAUCUCUGAAAUGUGGGCAGGCCAGGCCAUGACUUUGAAGGUCAAGAAGGUCUUGCACCACGAGAAGAGCAAGUACCAGGAUGUCUUGAUCUUCGAGUCCGAGAAGCACGGCAACGUGCUGGUGCUCGACAAUGUUAUCCAGUGCACUGAGUACGAUGAGUUCUCCUACCAGGAGAUGAUCACCAACUUGGCUAUGUUCUCCCACCCCGACCCCAAGAAGGUUCUGGUCAUUGGUGGCGGUGAUGGUGGUGUCCUCCGUGAGGUUAUCAAGCAUGACUCCGUUGAGGAGGCUAUCCUCUGCGACAUUGACGAGGCUGUCAUCCGUCUCUCCAAGGAAUACCUCCCUGGCAUGUCUGAGAGCUACAAGCACCCCAAGGUGAAGGUGCACAUUGGUGAUGGAUUCAAGUUCUUGGACGACUACAAGAACUGCUUUGAUGUCAUCAUUACCGACUCCUCCGAUCCCGAGGGUCCCGCCGAGAGCUUGUUCCAGAAGCCUUACUUCCAGCUUCUGCACGACGCCCUCCGUGAUGGCGGCGUCAUCACCACCCAGGGAGAGAGCCAGUGGCUUCACUUGCCAUUGAUCAAGCAGGUCAAGAAGGACUGCCGCUCUGUCUUCCCCGUUGCUGAGUACGGUUACACCACUAUUCCCACCUACCCUUCGGGCCAGAUCGGCUUCAUGGUUUGCUGCAAGGACGCUAGCCGUGAUGUUACCAAGCCCCUCCGCAAGUGGACACCUGAGGAGGAGCUCGAGAAGUGCAAGUACUACAACUCUAGAAUUCACGAGGCUGCUUUCAUCCUGCCCAACUUUGCCGCUCAGGCUCUCAAGGAAGAGUAA